ACAAAACUAUCACACUGCCUUGUUGGAUGUGUAUGGAAGUUGCCGAAUACAUUGUAGACGCUUUCUGACGAUAUCUCAUUAAUCACAGUUCUCUGUUAAUUUGUACAGUAUGCUAUCUACUUGUAUAUCCUAAAAAUCUGCAGUCUGCACUGAAUUGGACAUACGAAUGCCAAUACUUCUAAAUAGAUAUAAUUUUGAUGCUAAGCAGCUUUGAUUGCAGAUAAGAUACAAAGUGCCUUUCUCUCUCCGCGAGUCUGACACUGUCAUAAUAAUAAUAUGGCCACUGGGACAUGCAUCCUAAACCCCGCCUUGCUCUUCAUUUUCUGGAUCCGUGACCAUGAGAUGACCAGCUGCAGUGCACUUGUCAGUAAAACCACUACGAUGAAAUCACUGGUCAAGAGUAAUAUGGAUCUGUCUUUAAAACCCUCUACAUCCGCUUGCACGCCGACGACGUCAGCAUCAAUAUGCAGCAGUCUGCCGCUGAAUAGUUACAACAAUAAUAUGGAAAAGGAAACAAAGUUUACCAGCACGUUAAACAAUUAUCCUUCCGGCACAACAGUUCAGCCGGUAUCGUGUAUGGUGGGCAAAAAAGAGCGCCAUUUGGGAUUGGUUUAUCUGAACGCCAACGGAGUUUACUUUGAAUACGUUUGCGCAAACAGCGUCAAAUAUAAGCCAGGAGAUUCAGCUUAUCUGGAAAGCUCUUGUCGAAGAGACCAUUUUGAACCGUUCAAUAUUUGCACGAUACAAGAGUUUUUUCGGCAUAAACGUGACGGCUGUCUGUAUGUGAGCGUCAAAGGAUUUUAUCGGCUUUCCGACCUUCGAAUACCGGAAGGGGAAUAUCAGCGCUAUAUUGUCCAGGAUCGCAGCAACGCUAACAAUUCUGGAGGCCAGGACGGACUUUCCAGUCAUAUUCAAAGCCGUGAAUUAGUUGCUGCCGACGGUGUUUGCGAUUCCUAUCCAGUUUCAGCAUUACGGGGCUUGAGUGAGGUUCGUCAUUUCCGCGACAUUAACGCCGCGAAGGAAUUCGUGGCCAAACCGGACACUUUCUUCUACAUCUUCGGUUACAAUUCCAAAUCAGGACUGGCGCCCCCACAGGGCGAAAUCCGGGUGGGGCCCAAACACCAGGCCAAGCUGCCGGAAUUAAGGGAGGAUGUGGCGCCGGCGCAGAUGCCCGAGAAGUGCCCGGAAGAGUGCAUGUGGCGGCCCAAGGAGACCGCCAACGACCACAUCAACAUGUAUGUGAACGCGGCGCGCAGCGUCUUCGCGCACCGUCUCUGCAUCUACACCGACAAUAAUUAUCCCGCGCCCGACGUACCCGACGUCAACAUCUACAAGGAUGAAGCGCGACAAAAAGCCUUUGAUCUGUUGUAUAAGCACAAUUACAACAUGGAAGCGGCGCUGCACGCGGUGAUUGUGAUGCAACAGCAGGAGAACAAUAAAUGGAGCGAAGAGGAUACGAAGAAUUUCGUCAAGGGCGUCAGGAAAUGGGAUAAGAAUUUCUUUCGAAUACGCAAGGAACUCUUACCGCAUCAUACCACGGCUGAAUUGAUUGAAUUCUACUAUCAGUGGAAGAAGACGCCGGCGGGUAAUAAGCUGAUGAAAUCAGUGCGGAAGCCCCCGCGUCGGCCGACCAAUAUGAUGCGGCGCAUGCGCGGCCGUCCCAAUCGGACGACACUAUCAUCCGACUUUGUUGAUCUCAAUCCGUCCAGCGACGAGGACAGGGAAUCGGAGGAGUCCGAUAAGGAUCUCAGUACUUAUCAGUGCAGCAACUGCAAUGCCACGGAGUCCAAAGACUGGCAUCCGACCACCAACAAAUCGGCUAUCCUGUGCAAUGACUGCCGGUUAUUCUUUAAGAAAUAUGGGGAGUUGCGCCCUCCUGACGAUCGUGAAAAUAAUGCAUCCUUUAAUGCCAAAUCGGCACCGGAAGAAGAGGGCAAUGAGAACAUUAAUACAUCCAAUGGCAACGGGAAAAAUGGUCCCACGACACGAAGAACAAAUAAUUCGGCCGGUCGUUCGAAAAGUGGUAAUACCAGUCCGGAUACGACGGCAGCUGCGGUGGCCGAAAAAGCGCAGCGAUCUCCGGGUACGGCCAGCGUUUCCUCUGGUGGCAGUGCGGAGACAAAGCAGACAAAGAAGGGACGCGGGAAAGGCGGAAAGGCUGCUGUGAAAGUCGAAGAGACGAAAGUCAGUCCAGUGACUGAAACGGCGCCACCCAUACAAUCCACCACCAACAGCCGGAAACGGCGAAAAACCAGCGGAUCGGAUAAACCGACUGCCACUGGUAAAUGUGAUGUUCCUAAGGAGGAUAUUCCCGGUGAUGUUGGUGCUGUGUCGGAGAAUAAACCCGAUGUAACCAGCAGUAAAUCUGCAUCGAACUCCAUUCCCCUUCUGCCAUCCCCGGUGGCUAAUCUGCCCACUUCACCUCCUGGUAGACCCACAAUUAAAGUGGAAGAUAUACAGGUGAAAUCUCCCGGUUUGGUCAAGUCGCCGAAGAAUGUUGUGGGAAUUGAUCUGCCAUUGGCGUUGAUUAAAACGGAACCGGGCGUGAAAAGCGAGCCAAAAGCCAUUGGCAUCGUCCGCCCCAUGGCGGCGACGCUGCAUAGCGGUGGGAAGACCGUGGCGCCUGCCCCUAAGCCGGAAAGGAAUGAGAUAAAACAGGAAAAGAUGGAAAAACCUGAGAAAAAGGAGCGAAUAAAAGAAGAGCCAAUAAUCAAGGUGGAAAUUGAUACAUGCACCGGAGAUCUACCUCCGGAAAUGUCCAGAGAUAUGCCUUUAUCGCCGAUGGAGCAGGCCAGAGACUGUGAUCCUAAACCUGAUCACGCUGAAGUCGGAUUCCCCGAUAAAGAGGUUGGAAAGAUCUUCAUGGACGGUUGGGGAAAGUUGAUUCGUGUAUGGAACCGUGAACCGAAUUCUUGCGCACGAACGGAUCAUACAUUCGCGCCCUCCCACCCAUCACCAUUGAUGGCGAAGAGGGAAAAGCAGCCAAGAGGCGGACCAAGCCAGACAGCGGCAUCUACAUCGAAGACAACAAUUAAGUCACCUGCUCCUAUGAAAGAGGAUAAACGCACACCUGGCAGCUCUCAGGCAGCUAACAGCAGUGAACGGGAUCGCGACGCCCGUAGUACCGUUCCCUCCGGACCGGGACUUCCGAUGCCGACGCCUCGCGUUGUUGAUACUCCUCCGCGUAUGACUGUGCCAUCCCGACAUCCGGGAUUAUCCCCCCAUGGGCCGGAAAUGAUGCAUCCGGGCAUGACUCCUUUUGGACCAAUGUCAUCCAGCCUUUACCACGAGCAGCAGCAGCAAAUGUUUCGGCUGCAACAAUCGGAACGCGACCGCCUAAUGCGCAGUGGAAACGUCCCCCCGGGAAUGCUGCCCGGUCACAACCCGUCCAGUCUGGAUCACAUGAUGGAACUGCAGCGACGGAUGCAGAGCGGUGCAGCAGCAGCUGGCCCCAUGCACCCUUUCAUGAAUCUCUACCCCAAUUUAACGCCACAAUCAAUGAUGGAACAACAGCAGCGCGAGGCCCUUAUGGAACGCAUGAUGCUGCCGCCUCCGGGACCCAAUCCGGGAAUGAUGCAUCCAGCCAUGCACGGUAUGCAUCCCGAUAUGGCCGGACCGACCCAGGAGCAGAUGGCUCAGCUGUAUUUCGCUGCCGCCAAUGGAAGCCCCUUUGCUCGUCCGCCGUUUAUGGGUCAGCCACAUCCUGGCAUGUCUGGACCGGAUGCGGCGACACUCCAUGCCUUAGGCCGACAGAAUAUUUUUGAACAAGAAGCGGCUUAUAUGCAGGCACAGGCACAUGCUAUCCAGCAAGCUCAGGCUGUGCGAGCCAUGGAAGAACAGCACCACGCUAUGGCGCGAAUACAGCAACAACAGCAAACUCUGCAGAUGAUGAUGAACCCGAAUCCGCAUGAAUUCAUGUCGCGAUUGGGUGGUUAAGUUAUGGGUCAGCAGGUUUUCCUACCGGAUUGCCCCGCCUGCCACUCGGGAAGGGAGCCCUUGCGCCCAGAUAAGGGCGUCGCUGGCGGAUCCGCUGUUUCGUACAUUUGAUAUAAUGCAUUUCGGGAAGCGUUAACUCUGUCAAUGGAAGGAGCCCUUCCCACUCUUGAUGAUUACAAAAUUUUAUGGCGCUUGUACAUAGUCUUUAUGUUUGUGCAACGGUUGUUUUAGAAGUUUCAUCAGUCUUAAAAUUCUGGGAAUUGAAAGUUCUAAUUAUGGACCAGAGCAUUUUGCGGUAGUGUUGUUUUUUCUCUUUCCAAAGGUGGUUACAAAUUGCCCGUUUCAUGGAUAGAUGCUUUUAUUUUGUGGUCCCUCGUGUCUUUGUAUUUUUUUGCAAACAGUGUGUGGGGAUGUGUCGGCGGUAAUUUUUUGUCUCGUAAUUGGAGGAGUGAUGAAGGAAUAAAUAAUCCGGGUGA